AUGGUUUUCUACCUCAUAGUACAAUUAUUAUUAAUUAACUAUGCCCUCGCUGCUACUUGUACUGCAUCAGAGGAAAAUACUUGUAUUUGUACUUGUAUUGUUGAAACUGUUGAUUCCACAGCUGAUGAAAACGCCUUUUCUUGUUCAUUUACAAACAGCAAAUGUGAAUCUUUUGAAGCAGUUCUUCAAGUACAAAAAUCUGCAACAAUUACAGACUUAAGUGUAAAAGCUACUUACCAAACUAACAGUGGUGAUGAAUCAGACACAGAACCUCAAACUGUGCAAUCAACUUUAACCAAAAUCACUAUUGAGCAAAAAGAAUCUACUGAAAAAGGAACUAUGGAAAGUCCAGCAUUCACUCUUAAUGUAAAUAAGGAAGACUCAGCUCAACUUUAUAUUUCAUCAGGAUUUGGUUAUGUAAAAGUAGUAUCAAACGCAGAGAGUAAAUUAACAAUUGAGGAUAUUGCAGACAAUAUUUUACUUGUCACUGGUAAUGAAAUUAUUGUAAAUAAAUUAUCUGGAGAAUCUCGCACUGUUGCUCUUUCUGAAAAUACAAUUAGUUUUGGUUCAAACUCUCUUAACGAAAGGGAGAUCAGUUUAAAAGACGCAUACAGUGUGUAUAAACAUAGAUAUGUUCAAGAACUUGAUGCAGGACUUUGUACAUUUUCUUCAGACAGUUUUACUCAAAAUGAGUGUUCUUACUUAAGUUCUUAUAACCAAAUGAAACUUGAUGUUAUUGGUCAAACUUAUCCAACGGCCCUUGAUGAACAUAUAAAUAAUAAAGAAUGGAACGAAAUUAAUUUUAAAACAACAGGUGAAUUAACAAUUCCAGGGAGUGUAACAAUCACUGCAAAUAAGCUUCAUAUAGACAACAAAUUCACUAUCAACUGUCUUGUGACUGUUACUACUUUAGAAAUAACUGCAGACCCCAAAAAUAUAAUUAGUAAAGAUAUAACAGUUUCUGAAAUAUCACCAGAGAAUAAAGAUUCAGUAUAUUUUGUCUUAACAGAAUCUGCAAAAAUUACAAAAAAAGAAACACAAACUCAAAGUGAUUCAUUUGUUGCUUACAAACUAAGCAGUUCUAAAUCCAGGGUUGUUUCUCCAAAUAAUGAAGAUGGAAAGAACUGUGUUUAUGAAGAAACAGGAGGAUAUACUUCAAGUGAUUGUGAUAGUUUAGAAGUAGGUAAUGAAAUAAUAUUUAAAAUUAAAUCUGUUUCUGCUGUGUCCUUAGAAUAUAAAGAUGGAUUUAAAACAAAAGAAUUUAAAGGAAUUGAUUUGACAUUAGCAACAAAGAUAAGUACAAUUAAAGGAUUUAAAUUGGCAUCUUUUGAAUUAACUAAAACAGGAUUUAAAUUUGUUGCAUGUGAAAUUGGACAAUUAAGUUAUAAAUCAAAUAUUCCUAUUGAUUAUCUUUUAUUUACUGGAGACUCUAAAGUAACAGACAUUGUUAAUGGACAAUCAAGUUAUCUCUUUACAGCAGAUAGUCAAAAUGUAUUAGGAGAGUCAGAAAAAGCACAAGUAGUUAAAGUUAAAGACGGUUAUUAUCGUUAUAGUUUUUCAAACAGUGGUGCUGUUUGUACCUUAACUUGUUUAGAAACAGAAAAAAAAUGUAAAUUCGUAGAAGGAGAUUGUAGAAACAAAGAAUUAGUAGAUACUUCUUUAAUGACAUUAAAAUUUAGUGAACAAUCAUUUACUCUUUAUCCAAUUGAAUCUCCAAAUAAUAAUGAAUACAAAUUUAAAGAAUGUACUGGUAUUACUACCAACAUUGAAAAAUCAGAUUUAACAACUCAAGUUAUUACUUGUAGUGCUUUUACAGUUGAUCAUAUUACAAUUAAAACAGAUAAAUUAGUAAUUAAUUCAUUUGAAACAACUGGUAAUACUUUGAGUAUCUUAACUAAUCUUCCAGCCACAGUUACAUUUAAAUCAUCAUUAGAUUAUUUCAUUUUAAAUAGUGCACAAUCAGAAGAAAAAAGAUGUACUCAAAUUGCCAAUGAGUAUAUGAGAUGUGGUUCUCAAGAAGGUGAAAAGCCAACUAAUGAUUGUUUAGUCAAGUCAAUAACAGAAAAUAGUUAUGAACAAGAAGACUGUAGUAGUGAAUAUAUUGAUCUCUCAAAAAUGAUCCUUGUUUUCAGUAGUGAUCCAGGAAUAAAAAGUGAUACAUUAAGUGAAGAAAAAACAUUUAAAGGAUUAAGGGUUGAUUGUAAAGAUUGUACUUCUUUCAGUUUAAACGCACCAAAAUAUACUUUCAUAGAGACUUUUGAUAUUUCAAAAUUAACUGGUUUCUUCUUUACUAUUAAUGCUAAAGUGUCUUCAGGAGUUUCAGUAGAAUUACCAUCUAAUGUCAAUGGAUAUUUAAUUCUUGAUGGUGCAACAAAGAGUUCUAUUCAAGGUAGUAGUUUGACUGGUUCAUUAUAUACUAAUAUUAAUAAAUUAAAGUGUUUCAAUGGUCAACCAGAAGCAAUCAAUGUAGAAGGUUCUUAUUAUUGGUAUGAUAAUACACACAUCUGUACAUAUGAAACAACAUCAUUUAAUUCUGAAAUUUGUAAACUUUUCUCAACAUACGAGAAAGUUGAUGUAGUAAUUAACACACCCUCAACCAUUACAACUUCUCUCUCAGUCAAAACACUUUCCUUUAGUGAUGGAGCCUCAACCAAACAACCAAAUAUCAAAUGUCAAUCAGUUACUGUCUCAAAGGAUACAGAAUUAUCUGAAGUUUUUGGAACAUUAACAAUGAAUGGUAAUGAAAAUGGAAUAACAGUAACUAUUACAGAGAGUGUUGGAAAAGCUUCUUUCAAUGGAGAGAAUAUUAAAUUAGUUGCAAAGACAAUUAAGUCAUAUGAAUUAACUGAAAAUGCAAAAGGAAUUAGAAUGAUGGGUGCAUUAGAAGAAGGUGCUACUGUUCAAGAUGGAAUAUUUUAUGGAUCACUUAGUACUUAUCCAAAUUCAUUAAACAAAGUACAGAUGGGAGACAAUUUCUAUCGUUUCUCUAAAGAAAGUAUUGAUGCAAAAUGUACAUAUAAAAAUUCUGUAUUUGAAGAGUAUGAUUGUCAAAAAUUCUUUAAUGAAUUUAAUACUGAAGAAUAUGUUACUAUUGAUUUUCAAGGAACUAGUGGAUCCACACAAAAAACAUAUAAUAAAUGUAUUAUUUCAACGACUCAAGCAUUAACAUCUUUGAAUUGCAAACAAACUGAAAUUAUUGUUGAUACAUUUACAAUCACAGAAUCUAAAUUAGGAGAACUUACAAUGAAAAGUCAAAACUCAUUUAAUAAAAAGAUUAGUACCUCUACAAUUACAAAAAUUUCUCUCAGUGAUUCUCAAACAUCAAAUAUUCCAAUAUUCUAUGGUUCUGGAAACACUGUCAGUGAAUCAACUUUGUAUUAUUUUGAAACUGGUAAUAAUGCUGGCAGAUAUUAUUUCAAAGAAGAAGGUGCUAUAACUGUAUGUGAAUAUUCUAAUAAUGGUUUCAAUAUGGGAGACUGUGAUUCAGUUCAAUCACUUGAUCUUAAUAUUAAAGGUAAUGGAUUUUCUGUAGCUAAUAUCAAAUAUAAUACAGUAAAUGUUGAAAAAGAUGUCACUAGUAUCAAAACAAUCAAUGCAAAGAAAUUGGUCCUUAGUUGUUCUUCUAUUAUAAUUGAUUCAAUAACUGUUGAUGAAUUAACUCUUCCAGACGAUUAUUCUGAUUAUUACUUCAAAGCUGGUAAGAUUUCUACUAUUAAUGGAGGACUUUCUCCGUUGUUUAUAGGAGGUACAAACGAUAUGUAUUCAUCAGAACCAUCUCAAAUAAGUGAUAAUCGUUACAGAUAUUUCAAAAGUGAAGUUGGUCAUAAGAAAUGUACUUGUAGUGAUAACAAUAAAUUUACUGAAUGGGAUUGUCAACCAACUAGCACUUAUUAUACGCCAGAAGCAAUGACACUUGUGUGUGAGAAAACAUUUGUUUUCAAUGAUGAUUCAAAGAAAUUUGCUAGUUUUGUUUUAGAAACUGAAGGAAUAGAACUAACUAACCUCAAAGUAAAAGAAGUCACUGUUAAUGCAGGCAACUAUAAACUUGUCAAUGUUGAUAUUGAAAAACUUACAAUUAGCAAAGAGUUUAAUGGAGGUAUCAUUUCUGGAACAAUUACAAAUAUUCAAACCAGUUCUGGAUAUUCAUCUAAUGUAAUAAUGUAUUAUACUUCUGAUACCACACCAUCAUUUGAAGGUUAUUAUUCCCAUAAGAUUGGAGAUACAGUGUAUCGUAUAAGUAAAGAAGAAAAGUUCUAUUGUACUUUGAAAUCAGGUGUUGAUAGUAUUAUCUUUGAAGAAAAAGAUUGUAAUGAAGAAUAUACUGGUACUAACAAAAAUAAAAUUCUUAAAUUAAGUUAUAAUCCAUCAUCUCUAACAUUCAAUUCUCCAUACAACGAAUUCGAUAGUCUUGAAAGUUCAGUCAAUGAACUUGUUUUGAAUGGAUUAACAUUACAUACAUUCAGUCCAUCUGACGGUAUUACUUCAUUUAGUUUAUCAAUAGCAGCUAUCAAUAACUUCAAUGUAGGAAAAUUAACAAAUUACAUGGUCACAGUUACUGACAAAAUAAGUAACAUGAUAAUAUCUACUAAUCCUAAAGAUGCUCGUAUAAAAGGAACUGUUGAUGCUGUUGAAACUUCAUUAGUUGAUGGUAGUAUUCUCUUUGUAUUAGAAGGAACUCCUGCUACUGAUUCCAGUAAAUCAAAUUAUAAUAGUGUUAAAAUCAGUGACAAGUUAUACAGAAUUACUAAAGGAACAAAUACAAAAUGUACUUAUGUAGGUACUGAUACUACAUCUCCUUUUGCUGAAUUUGAUUGUAACCUUUAUGCUACUAACAUGGAAUCUCCUCUCUUGGUAUUUGUAUAUUCUGGGUCUGAAACUAUUAAAUUGACAAGUAAUAAAUUUAAUACAUUUGAAUCAGCUACUCUUGGAAGUUCUACUAAAAUUGAAAAUCUUAAGACAACAAACAAGGCUUCAUUUUCAAACAGUCUCUCAACUCUUAGUCUUGAUAACUGUCAAUUUGGUACUCUUGAUAAGGUUGAUGUUACAAAGUUCACUUUCACUAGUUGUACUAUUGGCACUUUAAUUUUCUCAACAGCUAUUGCACAUGAAGGAUCUAUGUUAACUGGUACAACAAUUACAACAAUUAACAAUGCAAAAACAAAUUCCAUUUUAUGUGUUGGUGAUUCUUUAUCAGUAAUUACAAACGGGUUUUAUUCAUACGGCAUCAGUGAAAACAAGAAAAGAUUUUCUUCAAUGGAGAAUGAUAAGUAUUGCACAUUAACAAAAGAUGGAUCUUAUGAAGAAUGGGACUGUAAUGAAAAUUAUGCAGAAAAUAACUAUUUAUACUUGAAAAUAACUUCAUCUGCUGAUUUACCAAAAUUCCCAGCUAUCUUUAAAGGAGUUGAAUUUUCUACCAAUGAAGUAGUGAAAAUUACAAACGCUAAUCCAGUCACAUUUAGUGAAUAUACCAUUGAUUCAUCAAAACCAAUUAUUACAUUCUCUGGAACAGUUACACUUUCUUCACUUAUUGUGGAUACUGAUACUCCAAAGUUUUCAUAUUUCAACUCUUUAACUAUAACUGAUGUUAAACUUAACAAAUCACCAAACUAUAUUCUUACAAGUGGCAAUAGUCCAAAUAUUCCUAAUAGUAUUUAUAGUUUCUCUACUUCUGAUUCAACAAAUCGUAUCUCAUCUAAAUCUAAUUUAGAAUGCACAUAUGUUUCUGAUUGUUCAUUUACAGAAUCAGAUUGUAAUGGCUAUGGUGAAUACUCAUUCUUAACUUCAAAAGCAGACAUUGUUUUCAACAAUGAAAAUGAAAUUUCUUACACAUGUUCUUCAAAGCAAUGGAAAUCUGUUUCUUAUAAUUCUGGAUCUUCUCUUUCACUAAAAGGACAACCAUUCUCUGUUGAUAGUAUUACCCUUUAUUCACAAAUAUCUGUUACACAAAAAAUCACUGUUGUUACUUCAUGUAAUUUUGUUAAUGGAGAAACUAAUAAACGUAAUCUAAAUUUAGUACUUAAAGAAGGUGCAACAUUUAGUGUUCUUGAUUCUGAUACUGGUAAGGAUGUUGUUGUUGCUGAAACAAAUGAAAACGUUCCAAGUAAAAACUAUUUAUUUGAUGGAACUCUUGAUGGAUUCAAUCCAGAAAAUAUGUACUUAUUAGGAUGUGGACAAACGACUUAUUACUAUAAAAAAUCAAAAUCUGAUUACAAGAGUAGUUGGAUUGGUGCUAAUGUAGAUGAUUGUUAUCAAAGAACUGAUAAAGUCACAUCUUAUUCUUUGGCAUUUUCAUCUGAUUUUAAUGGUGAAGUUGUUGUAGAUGUGGACAGUAUUUCAUUUGUAAGUAUCAAAUUUGGUAACUUGGAUAAAGUCUCAUUUGUUAAAAAGGCAAGCAGAGAAGAAAAUGUUGAAUUAACUAUAGACACUCUUAUUCCAUGUGAUUAUCUUUCAUUCGGUCCUGGAAUUUCAGUAAAAACUACUAAUGUUGGUUCUAAUGCUGCUGGUUUCAUUUUUGCUGAAAGUAUUACUGUAGAAGGAACUGCAGAGUCUAUUAUUAUUUCAAAGAACAAUGACCCAAUUAGUGGACUCACAAAAACUAGUAUUACUGAUUUUGAAGGUUAUUCAAGAAAUCAUCCUCAAAGUGAUCGUGGAUUGAAUUGUAAUCCUGGAGAUACUGCUGAUUGUGUUGUUAGUAAAUUCUCUUCACAUUAUACAUACCAAGCAGAUAAACAGAAUGAGAUUAUACUUGCUAGUUCAUUUAAAGAAAUUGUCUCAAACUUAGAAGGAACCGAUGAACUAACUAUAUCAAAGAAAGAAGGUAUUGCUGAUGAAGUGGUACUUAGUACUUUUACUGCUAAAUGCAAAACACAAAUUCAGAAUGUUCAAAUUGAUACCUUUGUUCCAUCUGGUAAAUACGUUACUCUUACUCUUAUUCCAAAACAUAUUCAAGACACUGACAGUUUCAAUUACUAUUAUUCUUCUUCUAUUGUUGGUGUUGUUGGGUCUGAAAAACAAGUUAGAUGUGGUGACUAUUACAGAACAACUAAAGAUGAUGUGCAAUGUAAAUGUUAUUCAAAUAGCUUACUUCCAGAUUGUGAACAAGUGUCUAAAGAAUUUGAUUAUGUCCUUAAAACAGAUUCACAAAGUAGUGCUAUCACAUAUAAAAUUGAUAAAUUAUGGAAAUCAGUCUCAUUUGAUAAAGCUUUUGAAGGAGAUAUUAUUAACUUAGAAUCUUCUAACAAUAUUAUUAGUGUUCCAUCUGUUUCAGUUAAAAUAACUGGUACUUCUUCUAAGGUUUCAUUAGAUUAUAGCACUCUUAAUGAUGUUCCAUUUAUUGAUGUUGUUGAUGUAAUUGUUACUAAAGUUACUGGAACAAAUAACGUUGGUUCUCAAGUUCUUUUUGGAAGUAAUAUUAGUCCUGAAAGUUCUGUUUCUUUUGCAACAUGUUUCUCAAAUUAUUACAGAGCAUUUGCUGAUUCUGCUUCUACAAACUGUCGUUGUGUUCUUGGAACAGCAGACACUUAUGAUAAAAAUGAUUGUGCAUUAAGAAGUUCAUCAUUAGAUCUUGAUGUCAAGAUUGCUGCUCAUACUGUCAGUUAUCCAUGGAAUUCAAUUAACAUAGUUACAACUUCUACUCUUACUCUUGAUAAAGACAAAAUUGUUAAAACAAUUAAUCAAAACACUGGAUCUGAACUUAUUCUUCAUGGAGAAAUAUCAACAGAAAUUGCUCUUAAACCAAGUGGUCUUGAUUAUUUGUAUGUUGAUGUAAAUGUUAUUGGUGAUGAAGGUAAAAUAAAUGUUCAAGGAUCAUGUACUUAUUGCUUAAAUGCUAAAUCUAAAUCAUAUUUGACACUCAGUACUGGACUCUCUGUUACUCAAUGUAGUGAAACAAAUUAUCGUGUUGGAACUGAUAUAGGAUGUUAUUGUAAAUUAAAGUCAUCUAAUUCUAAUGAAAUUAAAUCUGAUAGUAUUGACUAUGUUGAUUGUAGAAAGAAGUUCCCUGAUCUUUCUGAUUAUAGUUUUGAUCUUGAAGACAAGAGUGUAUUAAUCAACGAAGAUAUAUCAUUGAAAGAAUUCACUAACAUUGUAAGGGGUGAUAUUUCAAUUGGUGGUACUGGUUCAUUAAAAUUAAGUUCUCUUUCUCUUAACCAACAACCACUUACAUUUAGUGGAAGUACUGUAACAAUUGCGUCAGCUACAAUAUUAACUAACGGUAAACUCUUGGAUAAAACUACAACCAAAAUGGAAAUUAGUUCUUUGAAACUUGGAUCAUCUUCAGGACCUUUUAUCUUGUCAUAUGGUGGUAAAGAUAAAUCAUUUACAGUUACUAGUCAAAUUGAAACAACUGCAGUGACUGGUUUUGUUACUGUUGCAUAUGCAAAUCAUUUAGCAGUUUCAUUUAUAGAACAAAAUUAUUUAAACACUGUUACAUCAAACGGAAAGACUACUGUCUAUCUUGGAGUAGAUCAAGUCCCAAGCAGUACUGUUACUUGUUCUCUUGAUACUUAUAAUGAAGUUUAUGACUCUCAAUUCAGUACUAUUAAUUGUCCAUGUGAUGGAGAUAAUUGUAUAAUCGAUGUUAAAGAUACUGUUAAAAAGGUUUAUCUUGGAAAUCUUAAAUCUAAAUCUGAAUGGUUAAUUCAUAGAGACACAAUGUUAUCCACUUCUAGUGGCUCUAUUCAACAUAUGACUAUUGUUCCUACAACAAAAACAAGUAUAAGCACUGAUUCUUCUUUAACUAUUCAAACAUUGAGUUCUGAUAAUUCUUUAUUAUUGACAGGUGAUUUUAUUAUUGGAGAGAUUAACGCAAAUUUAGUUGAUGUUGCAAGUGGUUCCACUGUAGUUAUUGAUAAGGCAAAGUUCAAGUCACUUGUUUCUAAGUCAGGUAGCACAGUAAAAUUAAAAGUACAAUCUGAUGAAGUUAAUAAUUUUGAACUUGAUUGUGUAAAUUGUGAAAUUGAAACGCUAUCAUCGACUGAUGCCAAAGAACAAGUAAUUACAAAACUUACUAUCGGAAAUUCUAGAUCUUAUAAAUUCUUAGAAAAUGCUGUAUUUACUAUUAAUGAAAUUAGUGUUGAUCAAAUUGGUUCACUUGAGUUAUUGCAUAUUGAUAAACAAGCCACUCUUAAAUUUGAAUACACUGGUGAACAUCAAACAUUCAAUUAUCCUAUUCUUAUUGCAGAAUUAUCUAGUGAAGAAAAACUCAUUGUUCCAGAAAGUGAUGAUAAUAUGUUUUCUAAAUUAUGUAGUCCUUCCAAAUUAUUUAUUAAAUCUAAGUCAUCAACUGAGCCAUUGUCUGAGAUAUGUCAUUUUAGUGGACAACCACAGACAUUUACUGAAGACAAUGCAGACAAUUGUAAAUAUACUCCUGUCUGUAUUUUAGAGAUAAAAGAAGAUAUAACAGAUGAUUUGAAAGCAAAUUAUGAUCGUGUUAUCUGUAAAAGUGAUGUCAAAUUUAGUACUAACAAAGAUGUCACUGUUGAGUGUGAUACACUUCAUUUAGUAACAAUUACUAACUCUGGUACUGAGGCAAUUAAAGUAAAUUCAAUCAAAUGUAAUUUGAAAUUAGUUGGUGGACCAUUCAUUAUAAAUUCAUUAUCUGACUCUGAUAAUGUUAAUAUCAUUGUUGAAGGUGAUUCAACACCUGUUACUAUUAAUUCUGGAAAAUGUGGUUCAAUUUCUACAUCUUCUUCACUAACUAUUACAGGAGAUCUUAUUAUUUCUAGUAUUACUGCUUCUUCUCUCUCAUUGUCAUCUGGGUCUAUCAUUUGUUCUGGUGCUAUUAGUGUUACUGGUCAAAUAGACAUUUCUUCCUUAUUCAUUGGUCCAUUAAAAGCUGAUUCAUUAAAUGCUGGAAGUAUUUCUGGUAACACUCAAUUCUUAAAUCAUGCAAUUAAAUCUCUUGGAAAUAAUUUAAGAUACAAUGACUAUUAUAUUAUACAAAAAGAUGAAGAAGAAAGCACUAAAACGUGUCAUACUGUUAAUGACGUUCUUGAUAUUUCUGAAAUUAGAUAUCUUAAUAAUGACGAACAUAAAUGUACUAGUGAUAAUUCUAUUCCUGUUAAUAUUUUAUCAAAUGAAAUUGUUGUAUCAAGCAAAUUUAGUAGUGAUAGAAUUUUCAAGAGUGAUCUUUCCAAUGUUAUGUUCACUGGUUCUGGACCUUUAACACUUAAUAACUUUAAAGUCAAAAAUGGACGGUUCUUUGUUGAUUCAGAUAUUACAGCAAGUGGUAGUUGUACUGGUUCUGUGUACACAUCAGGUAAAUUUAAUGGAUUUGAUAAAUUAACAAUAGACACUACAGAAGACGUUACAAUUAAUUAUGCCAAUGAAAUUGAAAUUCAGAACGUUGGUACACUUAAUAUCAAUGGAAAGAAUGAAAAGGUUACAAAAAUUAUUAUUCAUCCAGAUAAGUUCUCUGAUUCUCAUCUUCCAGUUAUUAAUGUUAUUGCUCAAAACCAAAAUGGAUUUUCUGUUUCAUACACCGAAGGUAUUAGUAGUAGUGGAUUUAUUGCUAUUAAGUCUUCUAGUCCAUUAACACUUUCUUCAGUUCUUAACACUGAUAAACUUCUUUGUAAUGAUAGAAUACUUUACCACAAAGCAACCAAUUCAGAAGUUAUCCCACAUAUUAGUUGUGAUGAUGAGUUAGUUAAAUAUGACUCUGAUCUUAAUGCUGAUCCUUAUGAAUGUAAAAAGAGUAAUGGACUAAACUGUGUUGCUAGUUACACUGGUAGUGCUGCUUCUCUUGAUAAAAUCGAUGCACAAACACUUAUCAUUGAAAAUGUACAAAAUCAAGACUCAAACAAUGAGUUUGUAAUCUCUUCUAAAGUCAAUGAUUUAACUGUAAAAGGAUCUGGAAAGGUUGGUUUUACAUACCUUCCAUCAACUCUUUCAGUUGAAAGUUCUGUCUCAGUUACUUUCACUCUUUCUUCUAAUUUAUUUGUCCCUCAUUAUAUUACAGGAAGUGCUGGGUCUAGUAUUACAAUCAAAUGCAAUAAUCUUCCAAUACUGAUUUCCUCAAUUCGUUCUGAAGGAAGUGUUUCUUUUGAAGAUUGUUAUAGUGUGUCUAUGGAUAGUGGUGAUUCUGUGAUUGAUGGUAUUGUUAAAGUAAAUCAAAUGAAGGUUGUAGGAAGUAAAUUUACAAUUUCUAGUGACUUUGAAGUUGAGUCAUUAACAGUUUCUCCUAAUUCUAAUGGUCUCACAAUAUUUACUCUCAACUCUAUUACUGAUAAAUUUAUAGUAAAUUCUGUUGUAGUCACUGGCAAUUAUUGUACUAUUCUUUUGAACACAAGAAAUCUUGUGUUAGAACCAGUUAUUUCGAUUCCUGGUUUUACUAGUUCUGAAAGAAUUUAUUAUCAAAACUGUGGUUCAAAUCAAGACCUUCUCAAGUUUGAUUCAUGUGCUUUAAGAAAUGAUCUUUCUUCUGUUGACUCGUUGAAUAUUCAAGAGUCUGCUUAUUAUCAAUAUUAUUCUAUUUGUCCUGACCCUAACAAAACAAUUGAUUUAUCAUCUGUUUCAAUUAAAAAAUUAAAUGGAUUAGAAGGUGAUAAAUACAAAAGCAUUAUAUUAGGUUCUGAUGUUUCAAUGCAGUCAUCUACUUCUUCUUCUAUUGUUAUUGAAUAUUUGGAAUUCUCUGGACAGAUUACAUUACAAAAUAAAUAUCACAUAAACACUUUAAGUUGCAAAGGUGCUGAAAGUUCUAUUGUUGUUUCAGCUGAUACUGUGAUUGAUGAAAUUGUUGCAGAAAAUGGUAUUAAUAUUACAAUUAAACCUAAUGUUAUUCUUACUUAUAAUGGAAAGACAUCCCUAUUAAUUAACAAAUUAAGUAUCGAGUCUGCUACUGGUUUGUGUUUCUCAGCUCCAAAUGCUGCUCUUGAUUUUAAAGCAAUUGACUUCUCUCCUGCUGCUACAGUGUCCUCAUCAUUCAUCAAUGUUAACUCAGUUAAUAAAGUUUAUGCCGUUACGAACAGUUCAAAGAUUACAGGCAAAUAUCCUAUUCUUACUUCUUCAACUGAAAUUUCACUUGUUGACAUUGGUUCAGUAUCUGUUGGUUGUAAUUCAAGGACACUUCUUUUCUCAAUUGAUACUGAAUCUUCUACAGCAUUUGUAUGUCCUGAAGUUAUUACAUGCGUUAAUUAUGUUGAUGAUAAAAGCAGUAAUUGUGCUCGUGAUAGUACUAAUAAAGGUCUUUAUGUCCAACAGUACAAGUAUGUUUAUAAUAGUGAGUAUCAAUCAACCAAAAUUAAUUUACCAAAUAAUGAUGGAUUAACACCAUUGUAUGAUAUUGUUGAAAUUACUGGUAAUCAAAUGAAAAAUGUUUUCAUCCAAAAUGGUGGAAGUUAUUUGUUAGAUAUUGCUUCUUCUUGUUCUGGUGGUGCAGUUAAUUGUAUUAGUGAUAAUGAUGAAAGUGAAUUGAGUUGUAGUGUUAGAUUCUCCCUUAAUGAUGGUAGUAUUUCUCUUAAUGGAAAAGGAAUUGUUGUUGAAGAAGAUUCUACAUAUGAGUUUGCUACUAACUCUCUUCUUAACAUCCCAAAAGAUGCUGUUGUUGAUAUAUCUUCAAUUGUUGGAACAACUGUCAGACUUGCUGUCCAAGAUAAGGGUACCGUUAAUAUUGUAAAGUAUGGUAGUUUCAUUGAAAUCUUAAUGAGCGGUGAUUCAGUUAUUAAUGCUUAUGAUGCAUUUGACUCUACAAUGAUUAAUUACUAUGGUGGAAAGAUUGUUGUACAUAACAACAAUAUUAUUACUCUUAAAAUUAUUAACAUUUAUGAGGGCUCAAUUUCUAAUCAUGAAUGUCAAGCAUUAAUUCAACCUUCUGGUUUGAGUAGUGAAUCUAAACCAGAAAAGAUCUGGGAAGGAAAUGUACCUAUUUCAAGUAUUAUUGGUAUUAAAUAUUAUCAGUACUUGGGUGCUGUUCUUGAGGCAUGUGUUAAUUCUACAUCUGAACAUCAUUUUAAAGAUGUCUCUUGUUCUGCUACAUCAGCUAAUUCUCCUAUUUGUUAUUGCUCUUAUGAUCCAUAUGUUGACCAAUCAUGUAUUCUUGAUUGUAGUGAUGCUCCAGAUGGUGAAUGUGUAUUCCGUGAUGAAGACUCCAAUUCACCAUUAUUCAAUGAAAUUGAUUUUGGAGGUGCUCAAAAGAAAUUAAGAAUUGAGUCUUCUAUGAAGUUAUUCAGAUUAAAUGAUUCUGAUCAACUUGAGAUUGAGGCUGUUGUUCCAAUCACUGUUUAUUCUAUUGAAGAUUCUUCAGAUAGUCCAUGUUUAGUUACUAUUUCAGGUAGUAACACAUUAUUAUCUAUUGAACGUAUUCAUCUUGUUAAUCCAAGUUCUGUUGUUAUUCUUAAUGUUAGAGAAAUUUCAGUUAGAGAAUUAUAUAUUGAAAAUGCUCAUUUUGAAACAACUGCUGUUAUUACUAUCUCUGAAAAUGAUAGCCCUCUUAUCACUUUCUCAGAUGCUUAUGAUACAGAUACAAUCUCAUUACCUACUGUUGAAAGAAAGAUAGUAAUGAAAAAUGCAGAUAUUACAUUUAGAAAUCAAGGAGGUGUUGUUGUUUAUGGACCAUCAAAGAAUGAAACAAUUGUUGAUUUAGAAACUAAUAGUCAUUAUGAUGCUGAUUUUAAUCCAACUAUUAUUGAAAAGACUAAGAUUCAUCUUCUGAGUGAAAACAAUGCAUGCUAUGAAAGUAAUACUACAAAAACACAAUCAGUCAUUUAUUUCGAUGUUGUAGGAAGAAUUUCUGUUUCAGAUAUUGAGGUAGAUUAUGACUGUCUUAGUAAUGGUAAUAGUGAAAAUGCAGUUGCUAACUUAAUCUAUACAAAUAUUCCUAAUUAUAUCACUAUUUCAGGUAGUCUUUCAAAGAACUUAAGAGUUGAUGAUCAAAAAUAUAUUAUUCUUCUUGCAGCCAAAGAUUUCAAUGGUCUUGAACAAUAUAAUAUUCCAGAACUUUCAUGUGUCGUCUCUGAUACAUUCCGUUCAAGUUCGUUCUCUGAAACUGCUAGUGAUGUUUGGUCUUCUCCAACAUGCCCAUGUACUGGAAAUGGAUGUAUUAUUGAUACUACUAAACCAACAGUUGCUGUAAGAUAUAAUUUAGAUUCAAAACAAUUAGACAAGUAUUCAGCUAAGUAUGGAACAAUGACUGGAUCUAAUGUUACUAUUCAUACCCUUGUAAUUCAAGGCUCUCAAGAACAUGAUAAUUAUGCUGUUACUUGUUCAUUAACAAAGUCCAAUAUUACAGAAUUAAAAUUAGAGAAUUACGGUAAAAUAUUAUUUGAUGAAUCACAAAGUAUUUCUAAUAUUACUGGAGAUACUGAUACUCCUACAUCUGUUACCUUGAAAAAUAGUAUUACAUUGAGAACAAAUGAAAUUAGAAACACUAACCUUGCUCUUGUUGGUUCAACAAUAUCUCUUAGACAAAAUUCAGUUGGUGAUUUCUCUGGAAAGACUAUUAAAAUUAGUUCUAAUGGUCAUUUUGAUUUGUACUCAAGUAAUGUUGAAUUUACAAAAGAUACUACAUUUGAUAUUUCUUUCAAUUCUCCUGGACAAUCUCACUCAGUAUCUGUUGACGAUGAUGUUUCAGGUAAUUCAUUAUCUAUCUUAAAUGCUAAAUUCGUUGUUCAUAUUCCUUCUGGUCAUAGCGGAUGUACAUUUGCAUUCUUAAGAAUUAACCAACCAGUUGAUAACGUUGAUAAAGUUCUUACAAGUUCUUCAUCUAAACUUAAAACUGAUAAUAAUUCAUUCAAAUUCUAUUCUCUCUGUGGAGGGCUUGUUAUUUCUGAUCUUCCAGAAGAUCAAGUUUCUUGUCCAAGUGAUAGAAUGGCUCGUUCGACUGAAACUAAAGAAUUCCCAAUGUAUAUGAUUGCUGUUAUAGUUAUUUUCUUCCUUGUGUUAGUUGUUGUUGCUAUUCUUUUCAUUGUUUACAUUGUCCAUGUUUAUCUUGUACGUAAGAGAAAUCUUAAGGUGUUUGAAGAAGGAGAAGAAAUUGAUAUUGAUGAUAAUAAAAAAGAAGAAGAAAUUGAAAAUAAACCAACUGAAACAAAAGCUGAUGAAAACAAAGAUACAACUGCAUGA